CUAUAUGUGUACUAUAUCAUUGAGUAUCACGUGAUAAGAGAAAGCUUUCAUAACAGCUGGCGACACUUAAAUUGCAGAGAGAACAGUUAUAUAUUUUGACUGUUAGUUAUGCAGAAUAUCAUUGUUCUAAUAUUGAAAAACAGCACAGUGUUGUCGUUAGAUUCUUAAUUUUUCUCACUAAAAAUAAAGGACUCUCUUAGAAUACCUAAAUAAACGUUUUCAAAAACGUGAAGUUUAUUUUUGGAGACAAUACCAGCUUAUUAACGGGUUAAAAGUAGUGUCACUUGAUUCAUAAUUUAGAACUCUCUACAAAACAGGUUCAUCGGCAAAUUAUAGGACAAUGAUAAUAGCUGUUGCAUUCUACACGCUACAUGCAGUCGGGUAUUCAGGAACAACGUCACUACGUUAGUCAAGUGAAAUGUCAAAAUUCCAAAAUGGCGGAUAUAGAUGACUUCUCCCGUUUAGAUGAAUUUGUUGGUUCGGAAACUCUAACGGAACUUUGUUUCAAAGUGAUCUGUAAGAAUUUGGAUAUUAUUUCGGUAAAAGAGGAAGGAGAAAAUGAAGACGCUUUACGAACUCUCAGAAAAGGACUAAUCUUGCCAAGCGAAAUAUGUAACAAACUGGUCGAAUAUGUUCUACGAAACGAAACUGUGGAAUUUCAUGAUGAAUUUUUUAACAUAUUUCGGGAUACAUCAAGAACUAAACUGAAAUGUGUCAAAGUUGUAGGAUCUAAUAUGACUGACCACUCGGCACAGAUUUUAGCUUCUCAUAAGCUUGUUGAAUUGGAACUCGUAGACUGCCCUCGUGUAACAGAGCGUAUUAUAGAAUACAUAAACGAUAAUGCAGAGAAUUUGCAAAGUUUAACGUACCGUGGAAUAUAUUUACAUCUUAUUAUUCCAAAUUUUUUUGAAUAUCAGAAACGAGGAUACGUGUUUAAGAUACCGAAUCUAAGAAGUCUGGCUUUACAAUUUGUGGAAACUCGUAUGCCAAGGCAUGCUUCGCUUUUGGCUGGAAUGCCCAACUUAACACAUUUAGAUCUAUCUAAUAAUAUUAUAGACAGUUUUGAGUUUUGUAGCUUAUUCCCUAACUUAAGAUCUUUAAUUUUAUAUAAUGUCAGAAUUAAUAGGCAAACGAAAGCUUUCAUUGAAAGCAUUGGUUGUUUAACAAAUUUAAGGCACUUAGAUAUUUCCCAAUGGAACCCUACAUAUGGAAAAUUUGAUAAUCCCAUUACUCUAGAGUAUAUAGUAUAUAGUUUGCCACAAUUAACUUCUUUGGAUAUUAGUGGUACAAACUUAGCAGGAGUACAUAAAAAAGAUUAUGAAGAAAAAGCAUUGAAAAACUCUUCCUGCUUCGAAGUUGAUGACACAAGCAAUAAUGAGCUUUGCGAUAUACCAGGUCUUGCUUCUAGAGUAAACAGACCAUUACAGUUCUUAGGGCUCUAUGCAACAGAGAAUGGAGCAUGUAGACGUCAAAAUAUACCAGCGAAAUUGAUUGCAGGGGAUGCAAAUGAAGAUCAAAUACUGGUAGCAGCCAAUGUUUGCAUGAAUAAUAAACCUGGUUUAUUAUUAAAAGUGCUGAAUGAUCUUUAUCAUGUAUAUCGGUAUGAAAAUUGUCGUAGAAUGGAUCAAGGUCUUUGCGUAAUAUUAGAUGCCAUGGAAAAACAUCUAGAAGAAAAAUAUAUACAAAUAUCGGGAAGUGCAACAUUGUUUUAUGUCGUGAAGAUUUUCAUUGUACACAGAAAAAAUGAAAUUGAACCAAGAUUGAAGGAAAGAAUUGUUCGUAUUCUGCUUGCUGCAAUGAACACUUAUAAAGAUGAAGAAACUAUGAUGCGUAAUGGUUGUCUGACGUUAAGUCAAUUUCGUAUACCACAGGAUGUUAUGUCGAAUUAUGAAACACUGGUGAAACUGCUUUUACAUUCAGCCAAACAUGCACAGCAAGAAGGUUACGUUCAACGUAUUGGAAUAUUUCUUUUAAACAGUUUAGCGUGUCAAGUAACAGGCAGAGAGAAACGUUUACUAGGAAAUCUUGGUUGCAUCAAAACGAUGCUUGAAUUGAUCGAGUAUAGAAUUAAAUUUAAUAUAUUCGAUGAUGUUUUGGAAGUAGCAUGGUCAACUAUGUGGAACAUGACUGACGAGACCCCAAUAAACUGUGAACGAUUCUUUUAUGAAAAUGGCAUGAAGUUCUUCCACGAAUGUGUCAAGUUUGCACAGAAAUACCGCAACCGAGAAGAAUUACUGAAGAAUAUGAUGGGACUAUUGGGAAACGUAGCUGAGGUUCAACAUUUGCGAGUACACCUAGCACAGCAGCAGAACAUUAGCUUCUUUGCAAAUCUAUUACAUUCUGACAGUGAAGGCAUCGAGAUACCUUACAAUGCUGCUGGUAUAUUGGCUCACAUAGCAUCCGAUGGCGUCAAAGCAUGGACAGUUACAAGACCAAGUCGGGAUGAAGUUCUAGAACAUAUGGUCGAAGCUAUUCAGCAAUGGGAUAUACGCACAGGGCGUAAUAUCAAUUAUCGCUCAUUUUUACCUUUAUUGCGUUUGUUGGAUGUAUAUCAUACACCACAAUGCCAGCAUUGGGCAGUGUGGGCACUUGCUAAUCUCACAACUGUUUAUCCUCAUAAAUAUUGUACACUGGUUAUAGAAGAAGGAGGUAUUGAAAAAUUAAAUACUGUAAUAUCCGAUCCAAGACCAUAUGAGAGUAUUAAAGAACUUGCACACUCUGUAAUUGAUAAUUGCUGUCAUUACAUUAGAUCUACCAAUAAGUAAUCUAUUGUUUCUGUUUUAUUUUAAAAAUAGAGGGUGGUAUUUGGAGGACAAGGACAAUAUCAUUGAAAUAACAUAGAUUUCGUUUACUUAAAAGCGAUCAUUGAAUUUGCUAAAAAAUUAUGGAUUACUUGUUGACAUCUAAUACAGUUGAGAUAUAAGAGAUUCUUAUAUUCUACCUGUGAUUAUAGUAGAAACACCAUGAUAAUUUCAAUGAAAAGUAUAAUUAAUCAAAAAUAAUUUUAAUUACUAUAAAUUCAAAUGUAGCUUCGUUACAAGUAAAAUAUUUGCUAUUUUUACUUCUGUACACACAAGUGUGAGUAAGAUUAUAAUGUUGUAGUACUAAAGUACUAGUAAGAUCAUUCGUUGGGAUGUAAAUUUAAAAUUGAAUGAAUGCUCAGCCUUACUUGCACUUUCAUUAUACGAACAUUUCGUUGCAUAAUUUUAUUUAUUACAUAUUACGAAAAAUUUCUGGAAAAUCCGCGAAAAAUAUAUUGCUGUAUUCUUAAUUAUUAGGCCGAUAAAAAUAUUUUUGAUAUUUAUUAUCAAUCUUUAUAAAUACUAUUCAUGUUUAAACAUGCUCUUGGUUUAUGUACAUAGUCACCUUGUAUUAUAUACAAAAAAGCUAAACUAAUAUAACUGAAGUUUCUCUGUUUAGAAAUGUCAAUUAUGAAUUGAUAUUUGACAUUUAUGCUUAUGUUAAGUUUCAUGUGUUCUGUGUGGAAUUCUGUGUAGAUAUGUGUAUCAUAAGUAACGUUUUUAAUUGCCAUUACGUUUCAUUCUAUGAAAAAACCUUAAAUAAGAAGACACAUUAGCUUAGUACAUAUCUAACUACAGAUAAGAGUAACUAACAAUGCGAUAUAAAUUAGGUUUAUGUAUUUGUACAUGUAUACUGUUAUACUUGAAAUCUUUUUAAACAAUAAUAACUCUCAACUAAAAUUAAGUGCUAAAACAAAUAUUACGUACAGACUUACAAUAAAUUUAUAUAUUUUAGUUAUUAGAUUUGAGUAAUUUCAAUAUGAAAAAUUAUACAAAUUAUUAUCUAAUGGAUUGUUACUAUAAUCGUUAUGUAAUAUUAACGUAUGUGUGUAAUAAAUUUGCAGAAAUCCUUAAUACGUUUAAAGUAUGACAUAAAA